CCCGUCACGUCCCACCCACCCAUCAUGUCCGGCGCCAAGCAGCCCUCCGCUCUCGCGGCCACCGAGGCCGACAUGAGCCUGCUCCUCGCGGCGCAGACGCACAUCGGCAGCAAGAACUGCGAGCGCGCCAUGGAGCCGUACGUGUUCAAGCGCCGCGCCGACGGCAUCCACCUGCUCAACCUCGGCAAGACGUGGGAGAAGCUCGUCUUUGCCGCGCGCAUCAUCGCCGCCGUCGAGAACCCGGCCGACGUGUGUGUCAUCUCGGGCCGCCCGUACGGCCAGCGCGCCGUGCUCAAGUUCGCCGCCCACACCGGCGCCACGGCCAUCGCCGGCCGCUUCACGCCCGGCUCCUUCACCAACUACAUCACCCGCUCCUUCAAGGAGCCGCGCGUGAUUGUCGUCACCGACCCGCGCGUCGACCACCAGGCCAUCCGCGAGGCCUCGUACACCAACAUCCCCGUCAUCGCCCUGUGCGACACGGACGCGCCGCUGCGCCACGUCGACGUCGUCGUGCCCGGCAACAACAAGGGCCAGCACUCCAUCGGUCUCCUCUGGUGGCUGCUCGCCCGCGAGGUGCUGCGCCUGCGCGGCUCCGUCCCGCGCGGCGACGACGCCUGGGAGGUCAUGCCCGACCUGUACUUCUUCCGCGACCCCGAGGCGCAGGAGGCCGAGGCUGCCGCCGAGGCUGCCGAGGCUGCCACGUCGGGCGCCGCCGUCGAGACGCAGGGCGAUGCCGAGCUUGCCGGCUCCGCCCCGGGCAACCUCGCCCUCGCCGUCGCCGCCAACGAGAACGUCGACUGGGCCGCUGACCCGGCUGCCGACGCCGCCGCUGCCGGCGACUGGGCCGCCGACGUGCCGGCCGGCGCCGCCACGACGAGCUGGGAGUAAGCGUGCGCCGUCUCUCCGCGCACGCCUCCUCUCGUCUCUGUUUCCGUUCCGUCUCUUUUCACUUCGUCUCAACCUCUUUUCGAUCCGGAGUAGGCUGCUCCACGUCGUCUGAGCGCACCCUGUUCGGCACGGCGAGACACCCAAGCCGUCGGCUGCCCCUUUGCUGGGCGCAGUCUGGCGCAGUCUGGCCGUGAAUGGCUCCUUUCCCCCGAGAGUCAUGCAGCUGCGAUUCAUAUGCCGAGUGUAUAGAC